UGGUGGGGGUGGGGUGAUAAGAAUGGGGCACAUAGUAGGUGUGCAGGCCGUGGGCCCACGUUGGGGUUCCACAGCAUAAGACUUGUCAGUGAACCUGAGAGGAAAGUCCAGACUUCUGGCUUCUCUGGUAAAUCUGGUAAAAUUGAGACUCCUUCCCUCUUGCUCCAGAGUGAUUCUGCAUGCACCCAGCAAGGUUUUUCAGAGGGAGAGGUGUUAUUGGCCUCCGGUCCUGGGGGGAACCCAGAGGUCUGUGGGAAUUUACUGAGGGCCUCCCAGGGGUGUAAACCAGAGGGUCAUGCAUGAGAGAACGCAGGGCAAGGAUUUCCUGGCCCUGAAGCAUCAGGGGCAAGGAAGGGCAAUACAGAGUCCCUUCCUUGGGCAUCCAGGGAAGUGUGAGCCAGGCCCUGCUGCGGGUAGGGAGAGCAGUCCCAUGGACAUAGCUUCUGCCAUCCUGAUGUGGUGUAAUAAUAGUCAUGCUGUAUAUUGAAGAAGCCAGGAGAUGGUCAGGAGAGGCUCCGAGGAGGCAGCCUUUGAGCUGAGCCCCAAAGGUUGAGCAGGGUUUGGCCAGAGGUGAGUAGGGGUGUUGAGGACAUUUUAGACAGAGAAUGGCACAGUCAGAGUCUUGGUGGCUUCAAAGGAGUAACUGGAUUGUGGAGUAGUUACUGGAGUCGCUUUCUGAGGGUGGGGAGUGGUAAAGGAUUUUCACAUUGUGGCCUCGGGCAAGUCACUUCACCUCCUUGAGCCUCAGAUCCUCACCCAUAAAAUGAGACUGGUUACCACUGUGGUGUCUGCCUCUCAGUAAAGGCUGGAUGUCAGUGCACUUAAAAAUGCUGAGUCCUCUUCCGCCAGGAGGAGAUUCUUUAUUUAUUUAUUUAUUUUUGGCUGCGUUGGGUCUUCGCUGCUGCGCACGGGCUUUCUCUAGUUGUGGCGAGCGGGGGCUACUUUUCGUUGCGGUGCGUGGGCUUCUCGUUGCAGUGGCUUCUCGUUGCAGAGCACAGGCUCUAGGCGCGUCAGCUUCGGUAGUUGCGGCACGCGGGCUCAGUUGUGGCGCACGGGCUGUAGAGCACAGGCUCAGUAGUUGUGGCGCACAGGCUUCGUUGCUCCACGGCAUGUGGGAUCUUCCCGGACCAGGGCUCGAACCCGUGUCCCCUGCUUUGGCAGGCAGAUUCUUAACCACUGUGCCACCAGGGAAACCCAGGAGGAGAUUAUUGACUGAGACACGAAGCAAUCAUGACAGGGUUGUGUGCAAAUUAAAUGGCAUGAAGUGAAGGUCAGGGUGCAUCUAGGCCUGAGUUCAGAGACAGAGGAGUUCAGUACAAGCUAGAGACUUCACAGCUUCCUAUAAGAGGUGAGAUGGGAGCAGAGCCUCAAGGGACAGAGAAGAGGAAUGGAUUGGUAGAAAGGAAGAGAGAGGGCAUCUCAGGCAGGGAAGGCCAGAGGGAGCACUGCCAUGGUCGUGGGAGAGAGGCUGGGGAGAGGUGAGCCUGAAAAGUUUGGUAGGGGAAGCUUGUCUUGUUAAGCACAGCCCUGAAAGCCAGGCAUUAGGGAGCCAUUGCAGGUUCUAUCCCUACACAGGCAAGCAGGGGGUGGUCUUAACAAUGUAGGCACUUUGAAUGUGGGAAGGAUUUUCUGAUUGCUUUUACAGAGUGAGAAAAAUAAAAGGUUGGAGGGGAUUUAGGAGAAGGGAGAGUUGCUGAUAAGGAGAUGGUUAGAGAAAGGCAUCCCCAUUUAUUCUCAUGCACACAUAGUUUAACUAUGAUGGAUAGAGUUUGGCAUUCCAGGUAACAUCCGUAGCACUGCAUCAUGAAUUUGAUCUUCUGUCCUUAGAGAUAUGCAAACAGCGAGUGGGUACCAUUUUCAGUCAUUGUGUUGCUGGCUGCCAUCCACAGUGUGGUGUCAGAUUGUUGCUGGUCUAAACAACACUUGGAUAAGCAUAUCUGUUCCCCAACUUCCUUCUGGAUUGUUUCCACUGAAUACCCUUCCCAGAGGGGGAUUUCUGACUCUAAAGGAACACAAGUUUUUUAUGGCUUAAAAUAUUUAAAACAUACUCUUUCACAGUAAUUUUCUUUAGAAUUUUCAGUAGGUUAUACUGUAUAGAGUUUUUUUUGUUUUGUUUUGUUUUUAAGGAGCAAAUGUACAAAAGCAUAUACAAUGAAAAGUCUAUCCUGACCCAGUGCUCUCCUCCAGUUCCCCCUGAGGACAGUUAUUAAUCAGUUUCCUGUAUAUCCUUCCAGAAAUAUUCUAUAUACAGAUACUGUAUAUAUCCAAUUUUUAAAAACAUUGAUACUGUUACACUGUUCAGUAUCUUUCAGUUUUUAAAUUUGGGAUUAUGAAAUAUACCAAAGAAGCACAGAAAAUCACACACACACCCCCAGCAACCCCACCACACAGGCUUAACAAAUGUUUAACAUUUUGUGCUGGUAUCUUGUUUAGGGCUGUGCUGGAGGUAGCCCUAUGUCAGUGCAGCUGCAUACAGAGGAGUCCAGUUAUUGAUUAUAUGCAUAAUUUAUUUGGCCUGUUCCCAGCUCCCAGCUUUUUUUUUUUUUUUUUUGCUAUCGAUGUAGAGAUAAUACCCCACUUUGUAUAAUGUCUGCCUGGGGAGGCAUCGAGGCAAAGGGGAACGACGCUCGGCUUUGGCUUGGGUUCAAGUAUCUGCUCGGCCACUCUUCCUCACUGUGUAACCUGGGGUGAAUGACACCCCUCUUGAUUCUCUCUACCCAUCUGUAAAAUGGGCAGGUUGUAGUAAUCCGUCUCAUAAUUGCUAGGAGGAGUACAGUAGAAAACUAAAGACUUAAUUGGGUUUAGUUUCCCAAUUCCCCAUAAGCAGGGAGCUUUCUGAGGCCUCGCCUAGAGCAAUUAGAGCGCGGGACGACUGCUGCUCCAGCUUCAAACUGUUCCCCGCCCUUUUCCCUGGCCACGCUGGGGGCGGGGUGGUUAAAUGUCUCUGUGACGUCAACGCGAGCCGGGCCAAUCCUCCUUCCCGACAAGCGUUCGCUUAUUUGCAUGGGUUGCCCAUUAUUGGUUCGUUGGGCCAUCCAGCCCCUCCCAACUUUAAAGCCACCGCGCAGUAUAAACAAGGAGAUAGGAGGCGGCCAGGCCAUGAUGUCAUCGCGGCGCAGUAGCUUUCGGGGCUGACGUCAUCUCCGGGGAGGUUGCCGGCCCAGGGCUGUUAGAGCCUUCCUAACCACUCGGACUGGCUUAAGAGCCGCUCCUGCCCCUUCGAAGUUCAGGUCCAUUGCGCUUGUGUCCCAGGCGCCGGCCCGAGGAGGGGACCAUGACACAGUAAGUCCUGGCUGCGGCUCUCCCGGCGGGACCCACUUCUCUGGCGGGGAAACAGCCUCAGAAGCACGAGUGAUUCUUCUUAAAGGGCCAGCCGCCGGCAGCUGCGCAAACCCGGCCGCGUCCUGCGCCGCCUCCCGCUCCCCGAGGGCCUGGGCCGAGAGAUUGACCGCGUGUGGGCCUCGCGAGGCAGACGCCCGGCGGACGGACAACAAAGAAAGAGGGCCCCGGAAGAGCCGGACUGCCCCCGGACCGGGGCGGGUGGGGAAGGGAGCACAUUGUUCCUCAGGGCGGGGGCUCUUAAAGGGUCCAGGCAGCACACUCCCAGCCACCCGCCCCCUGCCCAGCUUGGCCGUCCUAGAUCGGGAACAAAGGAGUCAACGUGUGGCCAGGCGGCCGAAGGGUUGUGAGCCCUGGCCCAGCCCCUCCACCCCUCUGCCUCCCCUGAUGCAGCCAUGGGCUCUGGCAGUGACUAGGUGGCCGCCCUCUGCCCCUGUGGGUCAGCGGCGAUUCUCUGCAGGACCCAGCAGCAGCCCAGGCCAGCUCUGGGGAAGCCCUGGCCGUGAGGGCCCCCUGGCCAGCCCACCUACCCAGGAUGAGCGCUUACCCUCCCAGCAGCCGCCGACCCGACCAGCAUACCUCCCCGUAGAGGAGCGCCGAGCCUCGGCUCCUGCCGGCGGGAGCCCCCGAAUGCUGCACCCAACCUCCCAGCAGAGCCCGUUCAUGGUUGAUCUCCACGAGCAGGUGCACCAGGGACCUGUCCCUCUGUCCUACACAGUCACCACAGUGACGACCCAAGGCUUCCCCUUGCCUACAGGCCAACACAUCCCUGGCUGCAGCACCCAGCAGCUCCCAGCAUGCUCCGUGAUGUUCAGCGGGCAGCACUAUCCCCUCUGCUGCCUCCCGCCCCCGCAGCUGAUCCAGGCGUGUACCAUGCAGCAGCUCCCUGUGCCGUAUCAGGCCUACCCCCACCUUAUCUCCAGUGACCACUAUAUCCUGCACCCUCCACCGCCAGCCCCACACCCCCAGCCCGCUCAUAUGGCGCCUCUUGGGCAGUUUGUGUCGCUGCAGACCCAGCACCCACGUAUGCCCCUGCAGCGCCUUGACAGUGACGUGGACCUGCGGGGGGAUCAGCACCCCCUGGGGAGCUUCACCUACUCCACCUCUGCCCCGGGCCCAACUCUGUCCCCGUCCGUGCCCCUGCACUACCUGCCCCAUGAUACCCUGCACCAGGAGCUGUCCUUUGCUGUGCCAUAUUCCCACAUGAUGCCCCGGAGACUGAGCACCCAGAGAUACCGCCUGCAACAGCCGCUCCCGCCACCACCCCCGCCGCCUCCGCCACCACCAUACUACCCCAGCUUCCUGCCCUACUUCCUCUCGAUGCUGCCAAUGUCACCAACAGCAAUGGGGCCCACCAUCAGCCUGGAUCUUGAUGUGGAUGACGUGGAGAUGGAGAACUAUGAGGCCCUCCUGAACCUGGCAGAGCGGCUGGGAGAUGCCAAGCCUCGCGGCCUCACCAAAGCGGACAUCGAGCAACUUCCAUCGUACCGCUUUCAUCCCGACAGCCACCAGUCAGAGCAGACGCUGUGUGUCGUCUGCUUCAGCGACUUCGAGGCACGGCAGCUGCUCCGGGUCCUCCCCUGCAACCACGAGUUCCACACCAAGUGUGUUGACAAGUGGUUGAAGGCCAACCGGACGUGUCCCAUUUGUCGGGCUGACGCUUCUGAGGUGCCCAGGGAGGCUGAGUGAGGUCCACAGCCACCCAGGAGAACCCUGCCCAAAGCUCUGGAAACUCCGGGGGCCCGGGAAGGCCGGGGAGGGCGUGGCCCAGGCCUGCCCUGCCGUUUCUGCCUGCAUCUCCAGAGCUGGUGCCAGGGUCAGCCCGAGAGAAGCCCCUGCAAUAAGCCCUUGCAUUUGCCAAGCUCCAAAGACUCCCUCCCCAUUUGCCCACCAGUCUAAAAGACGCCUGCCAGGGAGUGGCCUGAGAGUCCCUAACUCAGUCUUUCUCCUGUUUGCCCUCGGGUCUGUCUCCUCUCCCUGCCGGCACUGGGAGCCAGGGGUUCAUCCCCCUCGUGUGGCUGGUGGAGAUCCUUGGCCCCGGGAUGGGCAAAGGGGGUGCUGUCCUGGGUCGCCUGGUCUCUUGCACUGAAGUGGUGUGGUCUCUGCUCAGGUGGCACUGACAGCCGUGGCCAGACGGUGGCAGGAGGCCAGUGGGUUCUCCUGCCUUGACCCCAGACAGACUCAGGCAGCCAGCCCCACCCAGGUUGCUGUGGGGUGGGGCUGGCUCCCUAGAGCACCAUAACCUCGGGCACAACAUUCCUGCCCCAAGCCCAGGCUGGAGGGCAUCAGAGCCAACCUCCCGAGCAGGUGGGAGGCAGGCCCUGACCCAGGGCGGCAUGUAUCCUGAGGGGGCCUGGACCAGGCCAGGGAGAGUGAUUUCCUGUGUUGCAGGUGGCCACCCCUGCCUGGCGGUGACAGGGCCCAGACCCAUGCCCGAUCUCCCCUCUCUGUCGUUUUGCAUGAACGUGAGGAGCAGCAGUUUUUGUUUAUUCAUUUGGCCCGAAAUCGCGUGUAGGAUUUGAGGGUGUGGAUUUUUUUAAACAAUUUAUUUUCUUUUGGUUUAAUGGGGGGGUGUAUAGGGACCAACCAGGACCAAGUGCCCAGGGGCAGGGAAUGGUCUGGUGGUGCCGCCUGGUCUGCAUGCAUGUGCGCGGCUGGGGCGGGGCCGGGCGGCUGUCGGUCAUGGGUGGGGUUUGAGGGGGGCGGGGGGAGGUCUGUGCUCAGCUGAUAACUGCCAUGCACUGUACUGCACACGUCCCCAGAGCCUACUGGGACCGUACGCUUUUCAGGGCAUUUCUCCCUCUCUAGCCAGGGCCUGUCUCCCACCUGCCUGGGCGUGUCUCCUCCAGGGAAGUCCCAGGAGGACAGGGUCCAAGGAGGGUGUGGACCCCGCCUCCAGGGGCCCCCUCCCAGCCUGAGCCCUGCCCUCCAAGACCUGGAGGAGCCCCCGGAGGGUCUGGCCAAGCUCCCUACCCUCGCCCACCCAGAUCCCAUUCCGUUUCUUCCUCAGCCCCCGCUGGGGUUGCUGCCCCGAACGAACCGCGUGUGGGGCCGGCACAUCCUAGCAGGCAGCCCCUGGCGCCUGCUGCCUCAGGGAUGCUCCAACCACCCUCGUUCUCCCGCAGCGGCCCUGGCCCCCCGCCUCCCCCCAGCCUGCCGUGGGGCCCCAUCAGCCGGGCCCCACCCCAUGGAGAACCCAGAGUCUUACUGUAUAUAACUCCAGGUGACAUUUCUAUAUUUAUAGCAGUGUUGAAACCCCACCUGUUUUACACAGAGAACUACCCUCUCCGACCCCCUCCCUUCCCCACCCCCCAAAAAAAAGGUUUUCGAAACCCUUAACGGUUCCUGGGGCAGGCGGAAACAGGCUCACAGAUGGUGUGUUGACUGCAGCAGUGAUUCCAACGAGCAGCUAUUGGGGGGGGAAACACAACAUUAAAAAAAAAAAAGUUAAAAAAAAAAGAUUUAUAAAACAAUUAUUUAGGAUGUUUGUGAUUUGCCGACCUUGCUAUAGAUGCCAUGUUACCAAUGAUUUCAUGUGGUGGGGGCUUGUCAUUGUUUACUCUUUUAUUUACCAACUUCUGGCCUAGGCAUGACAGUGGGUGCCGUCCCCCAGCUCUGGCUGGACCCAGCGCCUGUGUUCUGUGUUAGAAAGAAAGGUCUUUUAUAUAUACAUAUAUAUAUAUAUAUACAUAUAUAUAUGUAUAUAUAUAUAUAUAUAUAUAAUUACAUAUAUAUAUAUAAAUAUAUGUAAUUUGGGGAGCCCUGUUCCUUGCACAUUUUACAGUUACCUCAUUUUUCCCAUGUAUGUAUUUGAGAAAAUGCUAAUAUAUAGAGAAAAAAAUGGUUCUUAAAGCUUAAAUGUGUGGUUUUCUCCAUUCCAUUGGAUUCACAUUGGUUUGUAGCAUUUAACAUAACUAGUAUGUUGUAUUAUAUAUGUGUAUACUGAUUGAAAUUUUUAACAGAUUUGUACUUUUUUUAAAAUGAAACUUGCUAGUUCUGCUUGACCAAGUAGUGCAAUCAUUAUUUUUUUUAAUAUUGUUGCUGAUUUCAGAGGGAUAUUCACUAAUAAUAAAUGUAUGAUGUAUAUCGAGUACUGCCCAA